AUGAAUAAGAGGCCGAGUUACUCCGUGUAUAGCCGUGAUGUCUACAACUUGCCUACCCUGGUGAGAGGAAAGCAGAGGAGAGGAGAGGUAAGGGCAGAAGAGAAGUGGGAUGUUGGUUGUGGUUUUCGGGGCGUGAGAGAUAAAGAAGAGGAGAUGGAUAAUUAUAUAGAUAAGAGGGGAAGUGGGAAUUGUGGUUAUGGUUUUGCUGUGAAUUGGGGUUGGGUUGGGACUUAG